GCCACCUGCUCAGUGUGAGAGACGGACUGUCAGCGCCAGAGGAAUAACACUUUCUGUCAAGCUUUUAUUCUCAGAGGAAUUAAACCAGAACCAGCGAGGAACUAACGCAGCUCCGCUCCCUCGCGGCACACUGACAGCGUGGAGCAGCUUCUAUGAGGAAGCACGUUGUGACAUCUUUCUGACGGACACCAUCGCGAGGAUGAUGACAUGAUGGUGCCGACCCACUCGUGAGAAUGUAUGAGGUGAUGUCCGGUGACACCCUGUCCUGGAAGGUGCCCAGUCCAAGACCAAGCAGCCAAGACGACUCCACUGAGUCGACCUUCACUGGAGACGGAGGGCCUGUCAAGAUCCUCAAAGUGUGCUUCUGCACCAACAACAACGUGGGCAAGAACUUCAAGCUGGUUAAAUGUGACAGCUCCUGGCAAAUUAGGGCUAUUAUUCGUUCGAUUCUGAUCUGUGGUCGAUUGGGGCCGAACAUCAAGCACGCGGGAUGCUACAGCCUCCUGCUGAAGCACCUGAAGUCAGAAGAGCUUCACUGGCUGCAUCCAGAUCUGACGGUCGGGGAGGUGGAGCAGCGCUACGAGAGCCAUCACUUGGAGGCUGAGUGGAGGUAUGACCUUCGUAUCAGAUACGUUCCCGUCAAUUUCCUGGAGAAAUUCAAAGAUGACCGGUCUACGUUAGUGUUUUUUUACCAACAGGUGCGUAGUGAUUACAUGCAGCAUCAUGCCACUAAAGUCAGCGAUGGGAUGGCGCUGCAGCUCGGUUGUCUGGAGAUCAGGAGGUUCUACAAAGACAUGAAUGCAAAAGGUCUCGAGAAGAAGUCUAACUUUGAGCUGCUAGAAAAAGAAGUGGGUCUGGACCUCUUCUUUCCUCAACAGCUGAUUAACAGCAUGAAGUCAAGGCAGCUGCGGAAGUUGAUCCAGCAAACGUUUCAACAGUACGCGACGCUCAGGGAGGACGACUGCAUGGUCAAGUUUUUCGAGACCCUCAAAGACUUCAGCAACUACGAUGAAGAGGUCUUCCCAUGUGAACUAGUGCAAGGUUGGAGUCUAGCGGUGGAGCUGGUCAUCGGUGGGAGGGGCAUCCGCCAACGCACACAGAAGAAUUCAGCGCCUGUUUUCCUAGCCGACUUCAAACAGAUCAAGAAAAUACAAUGCUUGUCUCAGGGCGAUGGGAAGGCUCUCUUAGACCUCAACGUAGAGGGGGCCAGACAACGGCUAUCGAUCAAUGUGGCCACGGUCCCGAUGGCCGAGAACAUGAUGGACCUUAUUGAUGGCUACUGCCGCUUGGAAAAGGACACGGAUGAAACCGUUAUCUACCGACCAAAUAAAGAUGCCAAUACACGGAGUGCCCUCCCUGAGAUUCCUACAGACAGAGACUCCAGCUCGGUCAGACACAGUAUGGGGUCGGAUAUCUAUUGUGAGAUUCUCGACGAAAGGCCGACAUCAGUUGUCAAGUACGGGAUCGACCGAAAGGACAUUGUUCUCGGCCAAAUCCUUGGUGCAGGUUUUUUUGGGGAAGUCUACGAUGGAGUUUACACUAAAGAUAGUGGCGAGAGGAUCAACGUGGCCGUGAAGACCUGCAAAGACUGUUCACCUGACGUGAUGGAGAAGUUCAUGAGCGAAGCAGUGAUUAUGAAGAACCUCAAUAAUCAGUACAUCGUCAAACUGAUUGGAAUCAUAGAGGACGAUCCCGUGUGGAUAGUCAUGGAGCUUUAUCAGUAUGGAGAGCUCGGGAACUACCUAACAGAGAACCAGAGUACGUUGUCAAAUAUAACGCUGGUGCUGUUCAGCCUGCAGAUCUGCAAAGCUCUCGUCUACCUCUCAGGGGUCAACGUGGUGCACAGAGACAUUGCCGUGAGGAACAUCUUAGUCGCCAGUCCAGACUGUGUGAAGCUCGGAGACUUCGGUCUGUCGAGAUACAUUGAGGAUGAAGAAUACUACAAAGCGUCUGUUACUCGGUUGCCAAUCAAGUGGAUGGCUCCAGAAUCCAUCAACUUCAGACGUUUCACCACCGCCAGCGAUGUCUGGAUGUUUGCCGUAUGCAUGUGGGAGAUAAUGAGUUGCGGACAGCAGCCGUUCUUCUGGCUGGAGAACAGAGACGUCAUCAACCAACUGGAGCAGGGAAUCCGGCUGCCCAAGCCCGACCACUGCCCUCCUGCCCUCUACUCACUCAUGACCCGCUGCUGGUCCUACGAUCCCAGAGAGAGACCCAGCUUCACCGAGCUGGUGGUGAAGAUCAGUGAUGUCCACAAGAUGGAGGAGGAGGAGGAAGUGGAGAGAGAGAGGGACAGAGCGCGCUCCACCAAAAUCUUCGACACCAAGUUCAACUUCAAAGAGCCUCCUCCCAAGCCUUCGAGAAUGAAACCAGGGCGGUUCGGGAACACGCUCAGUAUUGGUCUACACAUUCAGCUGAACGAGGCUCUGUGUGCCAGCUCACCCGACCUGGCCAGCCCAUGUGAAUACCAGUCCCCCCUGGACUCAGUGAACACUCUUCCCUUGCCGGCCAUCAGGUCCCCUCGGCGUCGCAGCAUGGGGGAGGGCGAGUUUUUCCGAGCGGAACCCAACAGCAGGGAUGACGUCACCAGCCUGUGGCAGAAGGAGAGGCAGCACAUGCAGAACACUCUCCGCCGGCAGAAAGAGCAGAUGAGGGAGGAUAAAAAGUGGCUGGAGAAGGAGGAGAGGCUCCUGGUGGGAAACGGAGCAUCAUUAACUUCAGUCAAGCCCCUCUCUGUGUCUCUGUGUCCCCCCACUCAGUUGAAUGUGGCCCUGGAGGCUACGUGGAAUGAGGCGUCGUUAAACAAUAUCAUCCCACUUGUCGACUCUCGGCGCCGUGUUAGCUUUAGAUUGAAUGUUCCCCUGAUGACAGUCCCGAAGAGGGGGUCCAUGUCCAUAUUGUAUCAAAUGAACCUGCCUGUUCUUUUGCAGGACCCCAUGGGACCAGAGGACGCCGUCGGCCCAGCGUCCCCUGAAGCCGACUCAGAAAAUGCAGCUCCAGAGAAGCCCCCGAGGCUCACAGCACAGCCGGCGCCCACAGCUGAGCUGGACCGCUCUGACGACAAGGUGUACCAAUACGUCAUGGACCUGGUCAAAGUUGUUGUCCAACUCAAGAACGACAUCACAGAGGUGCCACCAGAGAAAUAUAUCACCAUUGUCCAGUCUGUUGGGAUGGCUUUACGAGAUCUGAUUCGCAGUGUGGAUGACAUACUGCCCACCUUACACGAGUCUGUCAGGACUGAGAUCGAGGGCACCCAGAAGCUGCUGAACAACGACAUGGCGGAGCUGAUCAGCAAAAUGCGCCUGGCCCAGCAGAAUUACAUCACCUCUUUGAAGGAGGAGUGUCAGAAGCAGCUGCUGACCGCAGCACACACUCUGGCGAUGGACAGUAAGAACAUGUUAGAUGCAGUGGACCAAGCCAGAGUCAGGGCCAACCUGGCCAAGCCAGUGGCCCCCUAGUGGACCGUAAGCUCUCCUAUUCAGUUUCAAGCUAAUGAUCCACAUCCGUCUGUCAGAAAUAACAUUUGCACAUAGUUGAGCAUUUUUGUUGUGAUCAAACUGCUUAAUUUAAGGCUGUGUCACUCCUCAUCAUCGUACCUGUAAAUGUGUGUUGUUGAAGCUGGGCUGCAGACGUUUUGUCUCCCCCUUCUGGCAAUGAGAGUAACAGACAUAAACGCCGUCAACCGGAUGAUGCAUGUCUGCAGGUGAGCUCGUCGGUUGAAGGAGUGUUUCUCCUCACCGUCAAUCGGUUCCCUUUCUUCUUCUUUUUACAUCAUUAAAUCCUCUGAACACCUUUUUUUUUUUAUCUGGGUAUUCACUACAGAAACUCGUCUUCGCAGCUUCUGAGGAUUUUCCGCCAUAGUAUCCGGCAUACUCAUUUGUCGUACAGCAAAAAACCUUCAAAUCCCAAAAGCUUGUGUUAACCACCAACCUUAUUUCAGGCGUCUAACCAAAAACCCAUUCAAAGAACCCACUGACUUAAAGACGAGGAAACCGGAAGUACAAAAAUGCUGCUAACUCAUUUCUGGGUUUUAGGACUCUUUCCUGCAGCACAAAGUCCGGCACUUCAGUUUUAAGAUGAAAUACUCAGUGGAUAUGGGCAACUUUGAAAAAAAAGUGUAUGUGCUCAUCAAGGUAGUGUGUAUGCUAAACAUGAUGGUCCACUGGCAUCAUAUGUACGAUGUCGUCAUUUCAGACAAACUUCAUUUAAUGUUGACUGUUGUCAUUUGUGAUUUCUUGACUUAAUUGUCUGCUUUGAAAAUUGAAUUUGUUUUGUAAAUAUGAAAAGUGUCGAGCACAAUUGUUUUUUACAGCAGAGAACAACUAAACAUUUGCAAAAUAAUGUGAUCUAAAUAAAAAUGCAAGUAAAGGGUUUAGUCUUUCAAACCUGUGAAAUGUUAAGA